AUGAGUUUCAAAACUAAUGCAACGAUUGCAGAAUUUGGUGGUAAAUUAUUAAAGUUAACUCAUGAUUCAUCAGUUACUAAAACUCCGAUGAAUGUAAAUUUAUACAUUCCACCAGCUACAACUUCAAAAAUUCCAGUUGUUAUGUAUCUUUCAGGUUUGACUUGUACUCCAGAUAAUGCAAGUGAGAAAUCAUUUUUCCAAUAUUGGGCAAGUAAAUAUGGUUUCGCAAUGGUUUUUCCAGAUACUUCACCAAGAGGAGCUGAUAUUGCAGGAGAAAAUGAAAGUUAUGAUUUUGGUACCGGAGCUGGAUUUUAUGUUGACGCAACUCAAGAGCCUUGGUCAGUUAACUAUAACAUGUACAAAUACGUUCACGGAGAAUUAAUUGACAAAUUAACUGAAGCUUAUCCAGAAUUAGAUUUUUCAAAUAUUUCAAUAACUGGUCAUUCAAUGGGUGGAAUGGGAGCAUUAGUUGGAUAUAUAAGACAACCAAGAAAUUAUAAAACCGUUAGUGCAUUUGCACCAAUUGCAAAUCCAAGUGUUGUACCAUGGGGAGAGAAAUGUUUUGGAGGUUAUUUAGGAGAAGAUAAAUCUACAUGGGCCAAAUAUGAUCCAACUGAAUUAAUUAAAGAUUAUAAAGGUGAUGAUUCAUCAUCUAUAUUGAUUCAUCAAGGUUUGAAUGAUAAUUUCUAUGAAAAAGAAUUAAAACCUCAAAAUUUUGUAGAUGCUGCUAAGAAUUAUAAAGGAGGAGUUGAUUUAAGAUUAGUUGAUGGUUAUGAUCAUUCUUAUUUUUUUAUAAGUUCAUUUGUUGAAGAUCAUGCUAAACAUCAUGCAAAAUAUUUAGGAUUAAAAUUAUGA